GCUCAGUCACACAAACUGACCCAAGAAAGCAAGGUGAAACAUCUAGAAGAGAGCUAAAGGCUAUAGUUGCAGGGAGAUGGCUCUUCUUCAGUCAAAUCAGGAUGUCAUUUCCUCAGCAAUGCAGGAGUUUAGCAAAUUGCUGAAUCAGCAGGAUUACACAUACCCUAUAAUCUCUGAGAAAGACAUGGUUACCAUUGUAGAUGACUGGAUGAACUACUACCUUUCAUACUUCUCGAAAAAGAUGACAGGGGAUCAACAAGAACAGGAGAGAGCCAUGCAAAAACUUCAAGUGGAACUUCAAUCUUCUGCCAACCCUUUCCUGGAGAAGUACAGAGCCUUUCUAAAAUCCCUUUGAGUCUUCCCAUGUCUCCCAUCCCUGUCCUAGGUCUUCAUUUCUAAGAUAUGCCCAAAGCUGAACCCCCUAAUAAUCUUUUCCUCUCCCCUGAAACCUUGUUGUAUCUCAAUUUCCUCUGACUCUAAAAGGUAUGUAUAUACCUCAAUAAAUACACACAUGGGAA